UGCUCAUGGGCAGGCUCUUCCUCUUUCUUCUGGAGACCAGCAGGGAAGCUAAUUUGGGAAGCUGCUCAUCUUGUUUCCUCUCUCUUUGACCCCAAAGGUAGAAACAGAAGAGCAGGUGUUGGCAACCUUCUGUGGCCGGGAGACUACAGACACAGAGCAGACCCCUGGCCAGGAAGUCGUGUUCUCCCCUGGCUCCUUCAUGUCCAUCACUUUCCGGUCAGAUUUCUCCAAUGAGGAGCGAUUCACGGGCUUUGAUGCCCACUACAUGGCCGUGGAUGUGGAUGAGUGCACCGAGCGGGAGGACGAGGAGCUGUCCUGUGACCACUACUGCCAUAACUACAUCGGCGGCUACUAUUGCUCCUGCCGCUUUGGCUACCUCCUCCACACAGACAACAGGACCUGCCGAGUGGAAUGCAGUGACAACCUCUUUACCCAGAGGACCGGCGUGAUCACCAGCCCGGACUUCCCCAACCCUUAUCCUAAGAGCUCAGAAUGCUUCUACACGAUAGAGCUAGAGGAGGGUUUCAUGGUCAGUCUGCAGUUCGAGGACAUUUUCGACAUUGAGGAUCAUCCUGAGGUGUCCUGUCCCUAUGACUACAUCAAGAUUAAAGCUGGUCCAAAAGUUUUGGGGCCCUUCUGUGGAGAGAGAGCACCAGAACCCAUCAAUACCCAGAGCCACAGCGUCCAGAUCCUAUUCCGCAGCGACAACUCAGGGGAGAACCGGGGCUGGAGGCUCUCAUACAGGGCGACAGGGAACGAGUGCCCAGAGCCAGAGCCUCCUGUCCACGGGAAAAUCGAGCCCCUGCAAACCACGUAUUCCUUCAAAGACCAGGUGCUCAUCAGCUGUGACGCAGGCUACAAAGUGCUGAAGGAUAAUGUGGAGAUGGAUACAUUCCAGAUCGAGUGUCUGAAGGAUGGGACGUGGAGUAACAGGAUUCCCACCUGUAAAAUUGCAGACUGUGGAGCCCCAGCAGAGCUGAAACAUGGGCUGAUCACCUUCUCCACCAGGAACAACCUUACCACAUAUAAAUCCGAGAUCCACUACUCCUGCCAACAGCCGUACUAUAAGAUGCUCCACAAUAUCACAGGUAUAUAUACCUGUUCCGCCCAAGGAGUCUGGAUGAAUGAAGUACUGGGGAGAAGCCAGCCCACAUGCCUGCCAGUGUGUGGUCAGCCCUCCCGCUCACUGCCAAACCUGGUCAAGAGAAUCAUCGGGGGCCGGAAUGCUGAGCCUGGCCUCUUUCCAUGGCAGGCCCUGAUAGUGGUGGAGGAUACCUCGAGGGUGCCGAACGACAAGUGGUUUGGGAGUGGGGCCCUGCUCUCUGAGUCCUGGAUCCUCACAGCAGCCCACGUGCUGCGCUCCCAGCGAAGAGACAACACAGUAAUACCGGUCUCCAAGGAGCAUGUCACCGUCUACCUGGGCCUGCAUGAUGUGCGGGACAAAUCAGGGGCUGUCAACAGCUCUGCGGCACAAGUGGUGCUCCACCCAGACUUCAACAUCCAGAACUACAACCAUGACAUAGCUCUGGUGCAGCUGCGGGAGCCUGUGCCCCUGGGGCCCCACGUCAUGCCCAUCUGCCUGCCAAGUCCUGAGCCCGAAGGCCCAGAGCCCCAUAUGCUGGGCUUGGUAGCUGGCUGGGGUAUCUCCAAUCCUAAUGUGACAGUGGAUGAGAUCAUCAGCAGUGGCACGCGGACCUUGUCAGACGUCCUGCAGUAUGUCAAGUUACCUGUGGUGCCAUAUGCGGAGUGCAAAACCAGCUACGAGUCCCGGUCGGGGAACUACAGUGUCACGGAGAACAUGUUCUGUGCCGGCUACUUCGAGGGUGGCAAGGACACAUGCCUCGGAGACAGUGGUGGGGCCUUUGUCAUUCUGGAUGACUUGAGCCAGCGCUGGGUGGCCCAAGGCCUGGUGUCCUGGGGGGGCCCUGAAGAAUGUGGCAGCAAGCAGGUCUAUGGGGUCUACACGAAGGUCUCCAACUAUGUGGACUGGGUGUGGGAGCAGAUGGGCUCCCCACAAGGUCUGGGAGAGCUCCAGGUGGAACGGUGAGCUGACUGACGUCCUCAGGGCCGGCCUGCCCUCCCCCAGCCUGAGUGAGGCUGUACACGCACUUCCGACGGCACACUCCAAGUUACUCACCAGACCAAACGGAAUGGAACCCUUCCUCCCAAGACAGCCCCCGGGGCUCUGAGAGGCAACAGUGUGGUACAGGAAAAGGCUGUAUGCAAGAGGCCUGGGUCCACGGCCCUGAGCGAGCCCCUUCCCUUCUGUAGGCCUCACUCUCCCCUGCAAUACAAUGAGGGAACUAGCCCUCUGGCUAAUCCCAGCACUCCUCUCCAGAAGGGCUCCACCCCGAUGGCCUUAUGCACUCCUACUCACUUACCAAACCCUUCAGUCCCACUGUUGGUGUGCCUGAGCUUGGACCUGAUUGUUAGAAAACCAUCCCUUAUGUUGAGCUGAACACUGAGUCCAUCUAUUUUCUCAAAUCGGCCCUCGGCACAGACGAGUCUAGUCCCUUUUAGGGGGAAAGCACUCAGGCUUGAGGAGACAGGGGCCAGACCCCCAGGGCCCUGUCUCCUAGUGUGAUGUCUUGGGGUACUUUCAUCCCUUGGAUUUCUCUCCCAAAAGU